AUGGCCACCGCCACCGCCACCGCCACCGUCACCAUGACCGUCAACCGCCCGCUGGCCAACACGUUCGCGCCCGGCGCCGUGGCGAGCUCCUACGAGGAGGAGCUCGGCGCCAUGGUGGCCAUCAGCAAGAUGGUGGUCGACCUGGCGCCGCCCAUCACGUCGGCGUCGGUGAUCCACGACAACGCGUGCGGGCCGGGCGUGGUGACAGCAGCCAUCCUGGCCAAGUUCCACGCCGAGAACCCCGGCAACACAACACCGCCGCCGCCGCGCAUCAUCGCCACCGACAUCGCGCCCAACAUGGUCGAGCUGGCGGCGCGCAAGGGCCCGUCGGUCGAGGCGCACGUCAUGGACAGCCGCGCGCUCACCAGCAUCCCCGACGGCGCGCUGACGCACAGCUUCACCGACUUCCUGUUCGUGCGCGGCUGGGGCGAGGCCGACAUGGUGGCGUUCGCGUCCGAGAUCCGGCGCACGCUGCGGCCGGGCGCGACGGCCGUCAACGCGGCGUGGAAGUACCACGAGUGGCACACGGUGCUGCGCGAUGCGCUGGAGCGCACGCUUGGCGGUACCGACGCCGCCGCCGCCGCCGCCGAGGUCGACGAGCGCAUGCCGCGCCAGCCGUGGUCCAAGGAGUCGGUGCUCGCCGUCUUCGCCAAGGCCGGCUUCCACCCCGACCGCACCACCCUCCACACGGUCCAGCACACGCCGCGCGAGCCCAUCGAGUGGGACUCGAAGCUGUGGCGCCAGUUCCUCGCCGCCGCCAACGAGAAGGUCACGCGCGGCAUGGACGACGCCACCAAGGAGCGCUACUAUGCCAACCUUGCCUCGCGCACCGACGAGGACAAGGCCGACCCCAAGGAGUACCGCUGGGAGGCUUGGGUCUUGACGGCUGUGAAAUAG